AUGGAGCGAAUUCAGAUAGGAUUGGAUGGAGUGGAUUUCUUCGUGCUCGUCCUCAUACGCGAGCAUCUUCUCGGUGAUUCCAUCGCGGUACCAGACUUCUUCACCGACUUAGCAGCGGAUCCUUACUGUUAUCGGAUCCCAAACUUAGUUGCGCCCAUUAUCACUUUCAGAUCUGACCUGGAACGCCGACCCGCCGCGCUAUCCAUCUCGCACCCGCCACCGCCCGUGUUUGAGUGGCAUGAUUCACCGGAACUGGCACCGGCACCUGAGCCAGCGCGGGAUAUAAGGAGGUACCGUGGAGUGAGGCAACGGCCGUGGGGGAAGUAUGCGGCGGAGAUCAGAGAUCCAAAUCGGAAGGGAUCUCGUGUCUGGCUUGGUACCUUUGACACCGGCGUUGAGGCGGCGAAGGCAUACGAUCGCGCCGCUACAGAUGCGCGGUUGCAAGGUGAUACUUAA